AUGAACCGACUACGACCGUUGUUCCCCGCGAGGAAGUCCGCGAUAUUGGACUUCCUACAGCCUAGGUCCAAUCAUGCGAGGUUACUUCACCACUCACGAGAGCCGCGGCCUAUCCCCGCUGAAUCCUCCACCGCCCCCGAUGUUAAGACUUUCCUAACCAAAAUCGGCCGAAAUAUGAUCCAGCACGAGUCGAAAUUCACAGAUUGGAAGCAGCUUAUGGGAACUACGACUCAGCAACUACGUGUUAUGGGUAUCGAACCGGCUAGGGACAGGCGGUACCUGAUCGACUGGAGAGAGAGGUAUAGAAAUGGGAUUGAGCCAACCGAAUACAAGAGAGGAAGGAAGAUCGACGGUGGUGAGAGACGAAGGAAGAUGGUUAGGGCACUAAGGAGGAUCACAGAGAGACAGGAACAGAGAAAGAAAGAAGAACAAGCGAUAAUUAUGGGCAAGUUGUAG